CUGCUUGAGUAAACAAACAACCCGCACAUGCGCAGAACGACCAGCAGACACCGGAAGUGACGUUAGAGAUGGCGUCCCCCGCUGCCCGGCUGACUGCACGCUGGUUCUCUACCGGACACCGGAGCGGUCGUUUCCUCUCAGUCUCCUCCAGACAUGCAGCAGGUUGUUCGGGGACGGUAUGGCAGACCCACCGGGGAGGAGCAGCGGUCAGCCGGAGCUCCUGUUCACCUGGGAGAGACGUGACAUUGAGAGGACUGACAGGCUGGAGAUGUCCUCAUGGCAUCACCUGCCACUCUUUUCACACCAGCAGCAGGUCGGCCAACAAGCAGGACUUCUAUGAAGUUUUGGGCGUCUCCCGCGCUGCGACGCAGAAGGACAUCAAGAAGGCUUACUACCAGUUGGCUAAGAAGUACCACCCGGACACCAACCCAGAUGACCCAGAUUCCAAAGAGAAGUUUGCCAAGCUGGCUGAAGCCUACGAGGUGCUGAGCGACGAGGUGAAGAGGAAGCAGUAUGACACAUACGGAGCGGCAGGCUUCGACCCGAGCCAUGCUGGGUCAGCGGGCCAGCAGCAGUACUACCGGGCCGGGAGCACCAACAUAGACCCCGAGGAGCUCUUCAGGAAGAUCUUUGGAGAGUUUACUGGAGGAAUGGGCUUCGGAGACAUCAACAACAUGUUCGAACAAAGGCCCGAGUUUGUGAUGGAGCUGACAUUUACAGAGGCAGCGAAGGGCGCAAACAAGGAGCUGAAUGUGAACAUUGAUGACGCCUGUCCGCGGUGUGACGGGAAGGGCAACGAGCCGGGCACCAAAGUGUCUCAGUGUAACUACUGCAACGGUACAGGCAUGGAGUCCAUCAACACGGGUCCUUUUAUGAUGCGCUCCACCUGUCGACGCUGCGGUGGGAAGGGGUCGAUCAUCAACACGCCCUGCGCUCUGUGCCGAGGUUCAGGACAGACCAAGAAGAGGCAGACGGUCACUGUACCGGUACCGGCUGGAGUGGAAAAUGGUCAGACAGUACGCAUGUCAGUGGGGACAAGAGAGAUCCUGAUUACAUUCAGGGUCCAGAGAAGUCCGGUGUUCAGACGUGAUGGAUUCGACCUCCACUCGGACGUGUUGAUCUCUGUAGCUCAGGCCGUCCUGGGGGGCACCGCCACAGCACCGGGUCUCUAUCAGACCAUCAGCAUCAUGAUUCCUGCCAGCUGUCAGGCCGAUCAGGUGAUCCGGCUGGAGGGAAAAGGCAUCCGGAGGAUGAACAGCUACAGCUACGGAGAUCACUACGUACACAUCAAGAUCAGAGUGCCAAAGAAGUUGACUCGUCGGCAGCGCUCUCUGCUGCUGAGUUACGCUGAAGACGAGACGGAUGUUCAGGGGAUGGUCAACGGUGUCCAGCCUUCUGCAGCAGGGGGCAGCAAAUCCUCAGGUUCUGCUGAGAAGACGACCACCUCAGAGGAAGAACAGAACCAGAACCAGAACCAGCAGCAGCAGCAGGAAGAGGAAGGUUUCUUCUCCAAGAUAAAGAAAAUGUUCAGCUGACACCCCGGCUGCAGGUAGAAAACCUCGGUAAACACGGUGAAGGAAGAGAAUAAAUCCACCCACGGGCCCUCCACGCUGUCCAGAGAGAGGCGGAGUGGUAUUUGUGUUGACACAGUCACACAUUGUUGAGGCUGCGGUCGGCAAACAGACCACGUAGACGCCAGGUCCACCCACACACCCACCGACAGACAGACAGGUGCUGAGCUGAGGAACUCAACAACAGCUGGAGGAGAAACAAGGUGGCGACCACAGAGGACUACUGUGGUACAGCUCUCAUCCCUGCUUAAUGUGAACCUGCACUGCUCAUCAGAGACAGUAACUCUCUAUUAAAUAAAACCACGUGAAAAGACAGGACGACCACCCACAACACUCAGAUGACUUUAUUGUCGACACCGACAUUUCAACUACAACUUAGUUUUUCCAAGGCACAAAUGUUGGUGAUUCUCCUAUGCAGUCACCCUCUCUCUAAAUAGGACACUGCACCUACGAUUUUAGUGUUUCAGUCACCACACAACUUAGUUAAAAGAAUGAAACAGACACUGCGCUUUUCAUUAUGCUAACGUAUCUCCUCGCUUCCCUCACUCACGUCUUCCAGCGAGGAUGUGAGAGAGAGACGUGAGGAGCUGAAGCUGCCAAAUGAGAAAUCCUUGGUUCCCUAGCGUCAGUUGCUUCAAACUGUGUGCCAUCAUUUAUACGUCAUUUAUACGUAAUUUAUACGCCACGCCACUUGAUAAAAUGUAGAAUACACCUGUGUUUCCUCGCUCUAAGCUCCUCCAGUAGCCUCCUCUCUCCUCGUCUCCAUGAGUUGUAUUUAAAGGCAGGGUGGGCGAUCUUGAGAAACCAGCAAUAAUACACUAGAUUUUUCAAAAUGAUCCAGCUGGAAAAAAAAAAACAGCCCAGUGUUGCCAACUCCUAUCCAAU